AAUAAAUUCUGCCAUAAAUAUAUUUAUUAAAAAGUAAUCUAAAAAUUCAGAUUUAUUUAAUUAUCUGCCUCCAGCUCUAACCCGCUCCUCCUUAUAUUAUUUUUCUGCUUUUUGCUUUUACAAUUUUUUUCCCUUUUCCCUAGGGUUUUAUUCAGCGCAGCCGGCUAAAGGGUGAUGGAAGUUACACAGGUGCUUUUGAAUGCACAAUCAAUAGACGGAACAGUACGAAAGAAUGCUGAAGAAAGUUUGAAACAGUUUCAAGAGCAGAACCUUCCUGGUUUUUUGCUUUCGCUUUCUGGAGAGUUGGCUAAUGAGGAGAAGCCUGUGGAAACACGUAAAUUAGCGGGUUUGAUACUUAAGAAUGCAUUGGAUGCUAAGGAAGAACACAGAAAGUUUGAGCUUGUUCAAAGAUGGUUGUCGUUGGAUGGCAAUGCAAAGAGCCAAAUUAAGGCUUCUUUACUUACGACCCUAUCUUCUAUUGUGUCUGAUGCUCGAUCAACUGCAUCGCAAGCAAUUGCCAAGGUCGCUGGCAUUGAGUUGCCACAGAAGCAGUGGCCUGAGUUGAUAGGUUCACUUUUAUCAAAUGUUAAUCAGCAACCAGCUCAUGCUAAGCAAGCCACUUUGGAAACUCUUGGAUAUUUGUGUGAGGAGGUCCCUCCUAAUGUUAUUGAUCAAGAUCAAGUAAAUAAAAUACUUACAGCUGUAGUUCAAGGUAUGAGUGCCUUGGAAGUAAACACUGAUGUGAGGCUUGCUGCCACAAGAGCACUUUACAAUGCAAUCGGAUUUGCUCAAGCGAAUUUCAUCAAUGACAUGGAGCGUGAUUAUCUUAUGAGAGUUGUUUGUGAGGCAACCUUGUCCCCCGAAUCGAGGAUACGGCAAGCAGCUUUUGAGUGUUUGGUCUCCAUUUCAUCAACUUACUAUGAGAAACUGGCUGCUUAUAUUCAGGAUAUUUUUAAUAUUACGGUAAAGGCUGUGAGGGAAGACGAGGAACCUGUUGCCCUUCAAGCUAUUGAAUUCUGGAGUUCAAUAUGUGAUGAGGAGAUAGAUAUUUUGGAGGAAUUUGGAGUUGAUUUCACUGGGGAUUCUGAUAUUACUUGCUUUUACUUUAUCAAGCAGGCUCUUCCUGCCCUUGUUCCUAUGCUUUUGGAGACGUUGCUGAAGCAGGAAGAGGAUCAGGAUCAAGAUGAAGGGGCUUGGAAUAUUGCAAUGGCUGGGGGAACUUGUCUUGGUCUGGUUGCACGUACUGUAGGAGAUGAUAUUGUUUCUUUUGUUGUGCCUUUUAUUGAGGAGAAUAUACAAAAACCAGAUUGGAGGCAGAGAGAGGCAGCAACUUAUGCCUUUGGUUCAAUCUUGGAGGGCCCUUCUCCUGAAAAGUUGAUACCUCUUGUGAAUGUUGCCCUAAACUUCAUGCUAAGUGCUUUGACAAAGGACCCUAGUAGCCAUGUCAAAGACACUACUGCCUGGGCCCUUGGACGAAUCUUUGAAUUUCUUCAUGGAUCAGCUGUGGGUUCAACUGUCAUCACUCAGGAAAAUUGCCAACAGUUGGUCACUGUUCUGCUGCAAAGUAUGAACGACACUCCAAAUGUUGCUGAGAAGGCUUGCGGUGCUCUGUAUUUUCUUGCUCAAGGUUACGAGGAGGUGGGCCCAUCGUCUCCUUUAACUCCUUUUUUCCAGGAAAUUGUGCAGUCCCUUCUCACUGUCACUCAUCGAGAAGAUGCUGGGGAAUCCCGGCUGAGGACGGCUGCCUAUGAGACUUUGAAUGAAGUGGUGAGGUGUUCAACAGAUGAGACAGCUCCAUUAGUGUUGCAGUUGGUGCCUGUCAUCAUGAUGGAGCUUCAUAACACUCUUGAGGGGCAGAAUCUGUCAUCUGAUGGGAGGGAGAAGCAAAGUGAAUUGCAAGGGCUUCUUUGUGGGUGCUUACAGGUCAUUAUCCAGAAGCUUGGUUCAUCAGAACCAACCAAGUAUGUGCUCAUGCAGUUUGCAGAUCAGGUAAUGGGGCUUUUCCUAAGGGUUUUUGCUUGUAGGAGUGCGACUGUGCACGAGGAGGCCAUGCUUGCAAUCGGAGCCCUUGCUUAUGCAACUGGGGCAGAUUUUGCGAAGUACAUGCCAGAGUUUUAUAGGUACUUGGAAAUGGGUCUUCAGAAUUUCGAGGAAUACCAAGUCUGUGCUGUCACAGUUGGUGUUGUGGGUGAUAUUUGCAGGGCAUUAGAGGAAAAAAUUGUUCCUUACUGUGACGAGAUUAUGACACAACUUCUCAAGAAUUUAUCAAGCAAUCAGUUGAAUCGUUCUGUGAAGCCUCCCAUAUUUUCAUGCUUUGGUGACAUUGCAUUGGCAGUAGGAGAGUAUUUCGAGAAGUAUUUAAUGUGGGCCAUGUCUGCUCUUCAAAGAGCAGCAGAGUUAUCCACCCAUGUAGCAGGAGAUGAUGAAUUGACAGAGUACACAAAUUCGCUGAGAAAUGGAAUUCUGGAGGCAUAUUCUGGGAUAUUCCAAGGUUUUAAAAGCUCUGCAAAAACCCAGCUCUUGAUUCCUUAUGCACCUCACAUCCUCCAGUUCUUGGAUGGCAUAUACAUGGAGAAAGACAUGGAUGAUGUGGUCAUGAAGACUGCCAUUGGUGUCCUUGGAGAUCUCGCUGAUACAUUGGGAAGUCAUGCCGGUUCUUUGAUUCAGCAAUCUCUUUCAAGCAAAGAUUUUUUAAAUGAAUGCUUGUCUUCAGAAGACCUUAUGAUUAAAGAAUCUGCUGAAUGGGCCAAGUUGGCCAUUAGUCGUGCUAUUUCUGUUUGAUAGUAUUGCCAUUCAGCGCAUUUAUUUUCUGUUGGAAGUCCAUGCAUUUGGGUGUGUUGUGUUGAGGGUCUGGGAUUGCAUGUUUCAAGUCGUCACUAUUUUGAAGACAACAGAAGUUGUUAUCGGC